GCCUGUCGGCCAUGUUAUGUUCUGCUGUUCUAUGUUGAUUGUUUUACGUCUUUGAACUAAAAUUUGUUAAAAAAACAGGAAACCGAAUAUUUUGUGGUAAUUUUUGUUAAUUAAUCUCGAACAUUUUGAUGCCUGUAUCCUUUAGCUGCUCGUCAUAAUGGAAAUUCCGCGUACGCACGAAGAUAUUGAGGCCCAGAUUCGGGACCUUCAAAAUAAACGAAAAGAGAUCCCCCAAGAGUCAACCGAUAAGGGUGUAGGGCUUGGAGAAAGUGGAUAUUUUGACAGUGAAAUCUAUGAAGGGAAAGAUAAAAAAUAUGAGGGAUAUGUCACCUCUAUUGCUGCCAAUGAUGAAGUGGACGAUGAUGAGGAAGAUGUGGGGUUUUCACAGAAGAGGUCGGGAAUUGGAGCUCCUGUUGCUUUGUUGAAUGAUAUUGCACAAAGUGAAAAAGACUAUGACCCCUUUGCUGAUCGCAGAAAACCAACAAUCGCUGAUAGAGAAGAUGAAUACAGACAGAAAAGGAGAAGGAUGAUUAUAUCUCCUGAACGUGUUGAUCCUUUUGCUGACGGUGGAAAAACACCAGAAGUCAAUGCCAGAGGAUACACACAGAUUAUGAAAGAGACCCUUUUAAAGGGAGAAGAAAAUGAAGUUAGAAGAAAACUUAUUGAAAAAGCUAAAGAGGGAACUCUUAAAGCACAAAACGGUGAUUCAAAACCCGCCCCGAAGAAAAGGGGGCGCUGGGAUCAAACUGUCGAAGAAUCAUUUGUACCGGCAAAGAAAAAGACUUUGUCUGUUGCCACCCCUAGUACAGCCGCUACUCCCGUGUGGGAAGGGGAUAAAACUCCGGCUGAUAUUCGCUGGGAUGAGACUCCACAUAAGGGAAGCGAGACUCCCGGGGCCACUCCUGGGCAAUCGACGCGCAUGUGGGAUGCUACGCCCGGUGCGGCUACUCCAGGAAGAGAAACCCCGGGUCAUGAAAAAGCUUCCUCUAGACGAAACCGUUGGGACGAAACUCCGAAAACCGAAAGGGAAACUCCCGGCCAUAACAGUGGUUGGGCAGAAACUCCUAGAACGGACAGGACCGGCGCUGAUCUUAUUCAAGAAACACCUACACCAGGUGCUUCCAAACGUAGAUCCAGAUGGGACGAGACUCCUUCGGCAGCAACGCCUUCUCAAACCACACCUCACAUGACGCCCGGUGCUAUGACCCCACAAACACCGCAUGGCACUCCAGGACAUGCCACGCCCAUGUUAACUCCCGGAGGCAGCACUCCGGUUGGCACUAAGGCUAUGGCCAUGGCUACGCCUACACCAGGACACUUAGCUUCAAUGACCCCGGAACAACUGCAAGCUUUCCGUUGGGAACGAGAAAUUGACGAAAGGAACCGCCCGUAUUCUGAUGAGGAGCUCGACGCCAUGUUUCCUCCUGGAUACAAAGUUUUGCCACCCCCGGCGGGGUAUAUACCAAUUAGAACACCCGCUAGGAAGUUAACUGCUACUCCCACACCAUUAGUAGGACAGACGCCUGUCGGAUUCUUUAUUCAAACUGAAGAUAAGUCCGCUAAGUACAUGGAUAACCAACCGAAAGGGCAGAAUUUGCCUUUUAUGAAACCAGAGGAUGCGCAGUAUUUUGAUAAAUUGCUUGUGGAUGUUGAUGAAGAGGCUUUGGGUCCUGAGGAACAAAAGGAAAGAAAAAUCAUGAAGCUGCUAUUAAAGAUUAAGAACGGAACCCCGCCAAUGCGAAAAGCUGCCCUAAGACAAAUUACGGACAAAGCAAGAGAGUUCGGGGCCGGACCCCUUUUCAAUCAGAUUCUACCAUUGUUGAUGAGUCCCACCUUAGAAGACCAAGAACGUCACUUGCUCGUUAAAGUUAUUGACCGAAUUUUAUACAAACUCGAUGACCUGGUCCGUCCUUACGUUCACAAAAUCCUGGUAGUCAUUGAACCGCUGUUGAUCGAUGAAGAUUACUAUGCCCGUGUUGAGGGUCGUGAAAUUAUUUCCAAUUUGGCCAAAGCAGCUGGUUUAGCUACUAUGAUUUCCACCAUGAGACCGGAUAUUGACAAUAUUGAUGAGUAUGUAAGAAAUACCACUGCUAGGGCCUUCGCUGUUGUUGCAUCUGCCUUGGGUAUUCCAUCUCUACUUCCUUUCUUGAAAGCGGUAUGUCGCUCAAAGAAAUCUUGGCAGGCGAGACACACCGGUAUUAAAAUCGUCCAGCAAAUUGCAAUUCUUAUGGGUUGCGCCAUCUUGCCGCAUUUAAAAUCAUUAGUAGAGAUUAUCGAACACGGACUUGUGGAUGAACAGCAAAAAGUAAGAACUAUUACGGCCUUGGGAAUUGCCGCUUUGGCCGAAGCAGCUACCCCUUACGGUAUUGAAAGUUUCGAUUCUGUAUUGAAACCUUUGUGGAAAGGUAUCAGAACUCACCGUGGUAAAGGUUUAGCCGCCUUCCUUAAGGCUAUCGGUUACUUAAUUCCUCUCAUGGACGCCGAAUACGCAAAUUACUAUACCAGAGAAGUGAUGUUGAUUUUGAUCAGAGAGUUUCAGUCACCUGAUGAAGAAAUGAAGAAAAUCGUAUUAAAAGUAGUGAAACAGUGUUGUUCUACGGAUGGUGUGGAGGCUCAAUACAUUAAAGAGGAGAUUCUACCGCAGUUCUUUAAGCACUUCUGGAACCACAGGAUGGCACUGGAUAGAAGGAACUACAGGCAACUCGUGGACACUACAGUAGAAAUUGCAAAUAAGGUGGGCGCAUCAGAGAUCAUUAACAGAAUUGUUGAUGAUCUUAAAGAUGAAAACGAAGCAUACAGGAAAAUGGUUAUGGAAAGUAUUGAGAAGAUUAUGGGUAACUUGGGAGCCGCUGAUAUUGAUUCUAGACUGGAGGAACAACUUAUUGAUGGUAUCCUCUAUGCCUUCCAAGAACAAACAACAGAAGACGUUGUUAUGCUAAACGGUUUUGGUACAAUUGUAAAUCAACUGGGGAAAAGGGUGAAGCCGUACUUGCCACAAAUUUGCGGUACUAUUUUGUGGAGGUUAAACAACAAAUCUGCUAAAGUUCGUCAGCAGGCCGCUGAUUUGAUUUCCAGGAUAGCUGUAGUGAUGAAGACAUGUCAAGAAGAAAAACUCAUGGGCCAUUUAGGUGUGGUGUUGUAUGAAUACUUGGGUGAAGAAUAUCCAGAAGUACUCGGUUCUAUUCUUGGGGCACUAAAAGCUAUUGUAAAUGUAAUUGGUAUGACCAAAAUGACACCACCAAUCAAAGAUUUGCUACCCCGAUUGACGCCCAUCCUCAAAAACAGACACGAAAAAGUCCAAGAAAACUGCAUCGAUUUAGUGGGUCGUAUUGCCGACAGAGGUCCAGAAUACGUCUCAGCAAGAGAAUGGAUGAGAAUCUGCUUUGAACUACUCGAACUACUUAAAGCACACAAAAAAGCGAUUCGUAGGGCGACAGUAAACACUUUCGGUUAUAUUGCCAAAGCUAUCGGUCCGCAUGACGUGCUGGCAACCCUUCUAAACAACUUAAAAGUUCAGGAGCGUCAAAACAGGGUCUGUACUACUGUUGCUAUUGCCAUUGUUGCCGAAACUUGUUCGCCAUUUACAGUACUGCCCGCAUUGAUGAACGAAUAUAGAGUUCCCGAGUUGAAUGUACAGAAUGGAGUGCUGAAAUCUCUGUCGUUCUUAUUUGAAUAUAUUGGAGAAAUGGGCAAAGACUACAUCUACGCAGUAGCGCCCCUUUUAGAAGACGCCCUAAUGGACCGAGAUUUGGUCCACAGGCAAACCGCUUGUGCGGCCAUUAAACAUAUGGCUUUGGGUGUAUACGGGUUCGGUUGUGAGGACGCAUUGAUUCACCUUUUGAAUUAUGUGUGGCCCAACAUCUUUGAAACUUCGCCCCAUUUGGUACAGGCGUUUAUGGACGCGAUUGAGGGAAUGAGGGUUGCUCUAGGACCGAUUAAGAUUUUACAGUAUUCGUUACAGGGGCUAUUUCAUCCAGCAAGAAAAGUAAGAGAUGUCUACUGGAAAAUUUACAAUUCUCUUUACAUCGGCGGACAAGACUCAUUAGUGGCAGGAUAUCCAAGGAUAGCAAACGAUCCCAAAAAUCAGUAUAUCCGGUACGAGUUAGAUUAUAACAUUUAAGUUUGCUGUUUAGGUUAGGAUUUAGAUCGGUACUUUAAAAAAAACUCUGUUAUGGCUAGUGUAUUUGUUUAAUUUUAUUUGCAGAAAUAGAUAAUGUGUUUGUGGCUUAAUACAAGUAGCCGGGAAAAAUAUUGAGCAUAGAGAAAAACUAUUUAUUUUUGAAGAAGGAUUUAUAAAAAAGUGCUCAAUCCUAUAAGUUUCUCCGUUUUCUGAAUUAGUGAUGUCAGUGGUAUAGUAAUAGUAUUAGCCAAAAAAUCGCGGAUCGAGCACUUCUUUUGAAGUUUAGCAUUUGUUGGCUAUAUUCAUCUGUAUUAUGGCCAGCAGAUGCACAAUGUUGCCUCAAAAGAGUAUUUUUUUUCAUAUUUUUUCCGGCUAUAUAGAUAUUUUCCUUUAUUAUAUAUUAUGAUUCAAUAAAUAAAGUCUACCAUAUUACUUUCUUUAAUUACAUUCUUUAAAUAAUAAUAAAAGAUCAUGAUUUUCUUAACAAUAUAUAACUUUUAAAAUAUGUAGCUGAUUAUAAAAUAUAAAAGUUAA